CCUGAAAACGCCCCGCCGGGGACACCGGUCAUCCGCCUCAACGCCUCUGACCCGGACGAGGGCACCAACGGCCAGGUCCUCUACUCUUUCCACAGCUACGUCUCCGAGCGGGCCCGGGAGCUCUUCCAGAUCGACCCCCAGAGUGGCCUCAUCACGGUGAGCGGCGCCAUCGACUAUGAGGAGGGUCACGUCUAUGAGCUGGACGUGCAGGCCAAGGACUUGGGGCCUAACUCCAUCCCCGCCCACUGCAAAGUGACCAUCAGCGUCCAGGAUGCCAAUGACAACCCACCCCUCAUCAACCUGCUCUCCGUCAACAGCGAGCUGGUGGAGGUGAGCGAGAACGCCCCGCCGGGGUACGUCAUCGCCCUGGUGCGGGUCUCGGACCGUGACUCCGGGGCCAAUGGGCGGGUGCAGUGCAAGCUCCUGGGCAACGUGCCUUUUCGGCUCCAGGAGUACGAGAGCUUCUCCACCAUCCUGGUGGACGGGCGGCUGGACCGGGAGCAGAGGGACCAGUACAACCUCACCAUCCAGGCCAAGGAUAAUGGCAUCCCCUCCCUUCAGGCCACCAAGUCCUUCACCGUCAAGAUCACUGAUGAGAAUGACAACCAUCCCCAUUUCUCCAAGCCCUAUUACCAGGUCAUCGUGCAGGAGAACAACACCCCAGGGGCUUACCUCCUCUCAGUCUCAGCCAGGGACCCUGACCUGGGCCUCAAUGGCAGCGUCUCUUACCAGAUCGUGCCCUCCCAAGUCAGGGACAUGCCUGUCUUCACCUAUGUCUCCAUCAACCCCAACUCAGGAGAUAUCUAUGCUUUGAGGUCCUUCAAUCAUGAACAGACGAAGGCCUUUGAGUUCAAGGUCUUGGCAAAAGAUGGAGGUAAUCCCUCUCUGCAGAGCAAUGCCACCGUGAGAGUGAUUGUCCUGGAUGUCAAUGACAACACCCCCGUGAUCACGGCCCCGCCGCUAGUGAACGGGACCGCAGAGGUGUACAUCCCCAGGAACGCAGGGGUUGGCUACCUGGUGACGGUGGUCAAGGCAGACGACUACGACGAGGGUGAAAAUGGCAGACUUUCCUAUGAAAUGGUGGAAGGAGACAGAGGAUUUUUUGAGAUAGACCAGGUCAAUGGAGAGAUAAGGACCACCAGAGCCUUUGGGGAGAACGCAAAGACAGCCUACGAACUGAUUGUGGUGGCUCACGACCAUGGAAAAACAUCUCUCUCGGCUUCCGCCUUGAUUUUGAUAUACCUGUCUCCAGCCCUGGAUGCCCAAGAGUCCAUAGGAUCUGUUAACCUCUCCCUGAUUUUCAUUAUUGCCCUGGGGUCUAUCGCAGCCAUUCUUUUUGUCACCAUGAUCUUCGUGGCAGUCAAGUGCAAAAGGGAUAACAAGGAAAUCAGGACCUACAACUGCAGAAUCGCAGAAUACUCCUACGGGCAUCAAAAGAAAUCAAGCAAGAAGAAGAAAAUCAGCAAGAACGAUAUCCGACUGGUACCGCGGGACGUGGAAGAGACGGAUAAAAUGAACGUUGUGAGCUGCUCCUCUCUCACUUCAUCCCUCAACUACUUCGACUACCACCAGCAGACCCUGCCGCUGGGCUGCCGCCGCUCCGAGAGCACCUUCCUCAACGUGGAGAGCCAGAACAACAGGAACGCCGGCUCCAACCACAUUUACCAUCACACCUUUACGGGGCAGAGCCCCCAGCAGCCCGACCUCAUCAUCAACGGGAUGCCGCUGCCGGAGACUGAAAACUACUCCUUCGAUUCCAACUACGUGAACAGCAGAGCUCAUUUAAUAAAAAGCUCCACGUUCAAGGACUUGGAGGGGAACAGUCUGAAGGACAGCGGCCAUGAGGAGAGUGAAGACAGCGAGCACGACGUGCAGCGGGGCCUCUACUGCGACACGGCUGUCAAUGACGUGCUGAACACCAGCGUCCCCUCCAUGGGGUCCCAGGGUCCCGAGCAAGAUCAGAGCGAAGGAUUUCAUUGCAGGGAGGAGUGCCGCAUCCUGGGCCACUCG